AUGCAUGAAGGAACUAAAACUGUGAAAAUUUCUAAGUUGCAAAUGCUGGCCUCAAGGUUUGAAGAAAUCAGGAUGAAGGAUGAUGAAUCUUUCGAUGAGUUUUAUGCCAAAUUGAAUGGUAUUGUUAACUCUAGUUUCAAUCUAAGUGAGAGGAUUCUCGAGCCCAAAAUUGUGAGGAAGGUUCUUAGAUCCUUGCUUGAGAUAUUUAUACCUAAAGUUACAGCUAUUGAAAAAAGCAAGGAUUUGGAUACAAUUAAGAUAGAAGAACUCGUAGGAUCCCUUCAAACCUAUGAACUCACCAUUUCACAACCGAGGAAAAACAAGUCCAUAGCCUUGAACACUGUUUGGGAAGGAAAGUUUGAGUCAUCUAACGUGGAAACUCUUAGAGACGAGGAGAUUGCCUACUUUGUGAAACAAUUCCAGAAAGUCUUAAAGGACAAAAAAUGGCCUCAAGAGAAAAUGAGAGGAGCCCUUAGUAAAUUGCAAAGAGAGAAGGAUGAUAAAUCAACUGCAAAGAACCCUGGGAGUAGCAAGGCAUUAGCUGUGUCCUUGACUGAUGAUGAUUCUAAUUCAAGUGAACAAAAUGAUUCCUUAAGCAAUGAGGAGGAAAAGGGCUGUAUGGCUUUUGUAUCUACUGUCAAGAUCGAGUCAGACAAGGAGAGUGAGAAGGUUGAGCAGGAAGUGGAGAGUAACAAGUUCGGUGAUGAUUCGGAGGAUGAGACGGAUAUACAUGAGGCUUAUCAACUUCUGUUCAAGGAAAGUUUCAUGAUCGAAAAGGUAAAUAAAGCUCUAUUUAAGAAAGUAGACGAGCUUGAGAGAGAGAAGGAGAAAAUCACUUAUGAUCUUCAAGUCUCAUCUAAGAAUCUCAAUGAGUUGAAGUGUGUCAAUGAGAAAUUGGAGGAUAAGGUCAAGACAUUGACUUGUGAAUUAGAGAAAUCUAGCACUCAACCACAGUCAUUUGUGAGUGGAACUAAGAAACUAGACGAUCUGAUAGGAAUGAACAAACCAGCUGGAAAUAGGCAAGGUCUAGGAUUUGUUAAGAGUGAUAACAAUGUGUCUAGUUUAUCCAAGACCACAUUUGUCCCCAUUUCCAACAGAUCUAAUGUUUCAACAAAUCCAGAAUCCAAAGAUAAAAAUUUCACUAGACUGAAGGCCACUAGAGCUCAUAAGAUUUUUACACCUAAUUUUCAUGAUCAACACUCACGUGCAUCUGAAUCUAGGUUCAUACCUACUUGUCAUCACUGUGGUGCCUUAGGCCACACGAGACCUAGGUGUCGAAAGCUAGCAAAUAGGAAUCGAAGUCAGGAUAUCCCUCGUCAAGUGAACUUCCUUUCAAAUCAGGUUAGUUACUUAACUGAGAUGGUAACGAGGUUGACUAGGAUCACCUCGACCUCGAGAAAAGUUUGGGUAAAUAAAUCUAAUGUGGGUGAGUAUAUUGAGAAUCUAAAAUGUUUUGUUGCUCAUGUUACAUAUAAGGAUCAAAAUACAUGCAUGUGGUAUCUUGAUAGUGCUUGUUCUAGACACAUGUGUGGUAACAAGGCCUUAUUCUCUACCUUUGAUGACUGCAACGGCAGUGUAGUUACCUUUAGGGAUGGAGCUACGGCACCCAUCCGAGGUAAAGGCUCCAUCACCAUUGUUGGACUUUCUACAAUAUCCAAUUUACUUUAUGUAAAGGGUCUUAAGUCCAACUUAUUGAGCAUUAGUCAAAUCUGUGAUGUUGACUUUGAAGUGAGUUUUGUCCAAAAGAGAUGCACUGUUUAUGACGCUUCUGGUGGUGUUGUUCUUGAAGGUGUUAGAACUUUUGAUAACUGUAAUGGAGUUCUUCUAAAUUUGAACUAUGUAUGCAGUAGUACUAAAAUUGAUACGUCUGAACUUUGGCAUCAAAGGCUCGAUCAUGUUAACUACAGAAGUCUGUCUAAAUUGGUCAAAAAGAAGAUUGUCGAUGGUUUACCUAAGAUUGAUCAAAGUGAGAAUGCUGUGUGCAAGCCGUGUCAAUAA